CAUCUUGGUCAACACCCACCCAGUGCAUUCACUGCGGUGCGCAGGCAGUCCAAUCACAGAGAACCGGUGGUAAGCUGACCGGAGGAGGGCUGUGAUUUUUCAGCACGGUGCUCUCUGUUGCAUUUUAAAUCCCCAGUCGGCACAAAAGGGGAUAACAAGAGGCUGAAGAGGAGGAGGCGGUGGAGGAGUAGAAGGCACAGACAGCAGCCUGUUUCACUCAGUUGUAGCAAGGAGGAGAGGAGGAUGCAUGCAUAGAGAGGAGGAGCACCCUUUCUAACACCUGCUGAAGGCUGCUGUGGGCCUUUCCCGUCUUGUCCUUUUUGUUUCUUCCUCUGAUUCUCUUUUCAUCUUUCAUCCUCUUGUUUUUCUGGCCUUCUCUGGCUGUUGGAACGCAAAGCUCCUGCAUCUUUUUUACCUCCCCCCUCCCUUUUCCCCUUCGGUGGUGUUGGUUUUGCCUUGCACAAGCUGAGUCAUCAUGUCUGAUCUGACGCCUCAGAGCGAAACCCCGACUCCCACCACAGACAAGAUCACCCAGGCUGCCAGGGAGACCAUUUAUCUGUGCAACUUUCGCGUCUCUGUCGAUGGCGAGUGGCUUUGCCUCCGCGAGCUCAACGACAUCUCGCUCACGCCAGACCCCGAGCCGGUCCAUGAAGAUCCCAAGGAUCCCAUCGCGAUCGAGAGGCUUAACUUGAUGAACAUGGCCAAACUGAGCAUCAAGGGCCUGAUCGAGUCUGCGCUCAACCUGGGACGCACGCUGGACUCUGACUAUGCACCUCUGCAGCAGUUCUUUGUCGUGAUGGAGCACUGUCUGAAACACGGGCUGAAAACUAAGAAGACCUUCCUGGGGCAGAACAAGUCCUUCUGGGGACCAUUGGAGUUGGUUGAGAAGCUGACGCCUGAGGCAGGAGAGAUCACUGCCAGCGUAAAAGACCUGCCUGGGCUCAAAACUCCUCUAGGAAGAGGACGCGCCUGGUUACGACUGGCCUUGAUGCAGAAGAAGCUCUCAGACUAUAUGAAGACCAUCAUCAACAGAAAGGACCUGCUCAGUGAAUUUUACGAGCCGAACGCGUUGAUGAUGGAGGAGGAAGGCGCCGUCAUCGCCGGGCUUCUGGUUGGAUUAAAUGUCAUCGAUGCCAAUCUGUGUAUGAAGGGAGAGGACUUGGACUCGCAGGUUGGGGUGAUCGAUUUCUCCAUGUACCUAAAAGACGGUGGACACAGCAGCAAGAGCGUGGAGGGGGACGGUCAGAUCACGGCGAUUCUCGAUCAGAAGAACUACGUGGAGGAGCUGAACAGACAUUUAAGCGCGUCGGUAAAUAACCUGCAGGCCAAAGUGGACGCUCUGGAAAAGUCCAACACGAAGCUGACAGAAGAGCUCGCAGUGGCGAAUAACAGGAUCAUCACUUUACAAGAAGAUGUGGAGAGAGUAAAGGAGGAGAGCUCAUAUCAGCUGGAGUCCAGAAAGGCAUUAAGAAGUGAUUCAGCAGCAGACGGACAAGCGCUGGGGGAAACACGCAAGCAGCUCAAAGAGGAAACUUUGCUUCGACUGGAUGUGGAGAAGGAGCUGGAGGUGCAGAUCGGGAUGAAGCAGGAGAUGGAGCUGUCCAUGAAGAUGCUGGAGAAAGACGUCUGUGAGAAGCAGGACGCUCUGGUGGAGCUCAGACAGCAGCUGGAAGACCUUCGUGCCAUCAACCAACAGCUAAUGCACAAGUCACAGAGUGCCGAUGCCAGCUCGAAACAGAAGAGUGAGGUCAUCGUUCGCAUGGAGGAGAAAAUAAACCAGAUGUCAGGGACCAUAAAACAGCUGGAGACCAGAUGCAAGCAGGCGGAGAAGGAGAGGGACCUGGCUUUAGAGGCGAACCGGCUCUUCAAGCAGGACUUUGGAGACAAAAUCGAGAGUCUGCAGGUGGAGGUGGAGCAGCUGAGGAAGCAAAGGUCUCAUCUGGAGCGAGAGCUGAGAAAAGGUCGCGAUCGAAAGAGCGAGCAUCACCUCAGUGCCUCCUCGGUACCUCAGUCCAGCACUCCUCGGACCGACAGGAGACAACCAGAGGAUGUACCAAAACAACUCCCAGAAUCCCCGUCAGUGAAGGAGAAAGACCAGUUACUAUGUGGCCCGGAGGACAAAACCAGCCUGAGCUCCAGCUUGUCCCUGUCGCAUCACGAGGAUGAACAGAAAGAAUCGUUCUUGGAGAUCAGCGAGCCUUCCAUGUGUACGAUGUGUGAGCAGGCCGACUCCCUCCUCAAGACAAAGAAACAGUGUAAGAACUGCAGCGGUGUUUUCUGUGAGAGCUGCGUGUCCAAAGAGCUGCCUUUACCUUCCUCCAUUCUCCCAGAGACGGUCUGCACUGCCUGCUACUCGCUGUUACUCCAACAAUACGCUUCAUCACCAACAUGAACCCGCAAUCAUCAGACACAGCAGAGGCGCUCGAGUGUAAAACUGGCACUUAAAAACCAAAAAAUCCCAACUUCCUGAGACAUCCUAAGAAUCACGGGGUCUGUGAGAUAUUUAAA